UAUAACCAUUUUCCCUUUUUAAAAAAAUAAAAAAUGAACUGAUGGAGAAACCAUUGACUUCGUCAACGCAAAAAAAAGACUCGAAGGUCGUGUUACUCGUGUAGUCUUGUGUUAAUUAAACAGCGUAGAGUAGUGAAUGAAUAUCUAUCUGCUCGCAUCACAUUUUCUCCGAUACCACAAAAAGCCGCCGCCAUGUUUUCCGUUCUCCCCUUCCUCCUUUUCCUCUUCUACGUCUCCGCCGCCGUAGUUGCAGAAUCCCCAGCUUACAGCCCCCCCGAACACUUCUUCCUCAACUGCGGCGCAUCCUCAAGCAACCUGCCCGACCGGGAUGGCCGUAUAUGGGAUACUGAUAAUUUCACCAAGUUCAUUCCGGCUAACGCGGCGGAUAUAUCAGUGACUCCCAAGCCGGAAGAGCAAGGCCCUAACGUCCCCCAGAUCCCAUACACCACCGGCGUCAGAAUCUUCCAGUCCAACUUCACCUACUCCUUCCCCGUCUCCGCCGGCCCCAAGUUCCUCCGCCUCUACUUCUUCCCUUCCCUUCCCGGGUUCAACAAGACAGAAUCUUACUUCUCAGUCACGGCUAACGACCACACCCUGUUGGGAAACUUCAGCCCGUAUCUCACCGCCGCCGCCGGCCGUGACUCUGUGGUCCAGAAAGAGUAUAUCGUUAACGUCGACGAUCAACAGAUGCUCAACGUAACCUUCGCUCCUUCUCCCAACUCUUUUGCUUUUGUCAACGGGAUCGAAAUUGUUUCGAUCCCGACGGGGUAUUACAUACGAGGCGAAUCCGCCGGAACCGACGACGACCAAAUAAAAUGGGUGCCGGGAAACAAUAUUUAUUAUUACAUCUACAACAACACCGCUCUUGAGACUCUGUACAGGCUAACCGUUGGGGGGCAAUCUCUUUCGCCGAAAGAUGAUACCGGGAUGUACCGGACGUGGUCUUCCGACGAUGAGUAUGUCGUCGGUCGUGGAUAUUUUACGCCGAAUUUGGAUGUGAAGAUCAAGUACACUGCAAAGACGCCGGAAUACUCUGCUCCUGAGAAGGUUUACACUCACUCAAGGACCAUAGCCAAUUACAGCAAGGUUGUCAAUUGGACAUUUCCGGUCGACUCGGGGUUUCUUUAUCUUUUCAGGUCCUAUUUUUGUGAGUUUGCGAUCGAAAUCGAUGGGGGGAAUCAACGGGUUUUCUCGUUGGACAUAGCGAACACAACGGCGGAGAAUCAUGUGGAUGUUUUUCUAAUGGCAGAAGGUUCGAAAAUUCCAAUCUUCAGAGACUACCUUGUGAACGUGAAGGAUACCGAUGGUCGCCGGGGAAAGACAAAUGUUUCGUUGGCUAUAAGGCCUAACAUGGAAACCCGGCCGGUUUGGGCAAAUGCGUUGUUAAAUGGGUUAGAGAUUUUCAAGCUGAAUGAUACUCAAGGGAGCCUGGCCGCGUCUAAUCCUGACCUCAUCAUAUCUCAGCCGGUGCAAUCGCCGCCUCCGGGGAAGAAAAAAGGCGGCGCUACGAUCGGCGCCGUCGUUGGCGGCGUGGGCGGUGGGGUUCUGGUGAUGGCGAUCUUGGGAUUCUUUAUUUUCCGGCAACGGAGGAGGAGAGUGGGGAACUCGGGUGGAAGCGUUACCAAGACAACUUGGGACCCACUGUCCGCCGUGCCACCAUCAACGCACAACACGGACGGGUCCGGCACGCCGCUACCGUCCGAUCUCUGCCGCAGCUUCUCACUGGAGGAUCUGAAAGCCGCGACGUCCAACUUCGACGAGAAUUUCGUGGUGGGCAAAGGCGGGUUCGGAAAAGUCUACCGAGGCUUCAUAGACAACGGCGCGAUCGCCGUCGCGAUCAAGCGGCUGAACCCGGAAUCCAGCCAAGGUAUCCGCGAGUUCCAAACGGAGAUCGAAAUGCUCUCCAGGCUAAGGCAUCUCCACUUAGUCUCUUUAAUCGGCUACUGCAACGACAACGGAGAAAUGAUUCUAGUCUACGAUUACAUGGCUCGAGGAACCUUGCGCGAUCAUCUCUACAAAUCCGAUAACCCCUCUCUCCCAUGGAAGAAACGGCUCGAAAUCUCCAUCGGCGCCGCCAAGGGCUUGCAUUAUCUCCACACCGGAGCAAAAUGGACGAUUAUUCACCGGGACGUUAAGUCCACUAAUAUCUUGUUGGAUGAAAGAUGGGUGGCUAAGGUGUCGGAUUUCGGUUUAUCCAAGGUGGGUCCACUCGGGGAAGCCUAUACCCACGUCAGCACCGCCGUGAAAGGGAGCGUCGGAUACGUGGAUCCGGAAUACUAUAGAAGACAACAAGUGACGGAAAAAUCCGACGUUUAUUCGUUCGGGGUGGUUUUAUUCGAGGUCCUAUGCGCGAGGCCGGCCGUGAUUCCGACCCAAACGAGAGAGCGAGUGAACUUAGCGGAGUGGGCCCGGCAGUGUUGCCGGAAAGGCACGGUGGAUCAAAUGGUGGAUCCCAGAUUACGCGGCGAGAUUGCGCCGGAGUCGCUGAACAAGUACGCCGAGAUAGCCUGCAAUUGCCUGAAGGAACAAGGGGUAGACCGCCCCGCGAUGAGCGAUGUGGUUUGGAGCCUUGAAUUCGCGUUGCAGCUCCAGGAAGCCGCCGAGAAGAGGACCCAAGCGGCCGCCGGCGACGACGGGUUCCCGCCCGGCAGCCCAUCUUUCCCGCUGCUAGGAAACGGAGACUCAAACACCACCACCGACAGCAGCGAAGGCGGCGUUUUCUCGACGUCCGAUGAAGUUGCGGCAAUGUCGUCUACAACCAGUGGGAGUGGGACAGCGACAACCACAACCGGCGUCGACAGGCUACAGUCCCAUAAUGUUUUUUCCCUACUCAACCACCCUGAGGGACGUUAAUUAAUAUUUUUCUUAUCUCUACUCUGAAUUCAAAUUUCUAGUUGCCGUAGCCCAUAGGCAUUGAUCAUUGAUGAAUGAUGAGAGCAGAAACAGACAAAGCUUGGGGUCCAUUUUCUAUUCUCUGUUUUCCUUAAUAGAUAACUAGGUGGGUGUAUAAGUAUUGAAAUUUCAGUUAUAAGGGUUACAAUAUAUGUUUGUUAAUAGUAAUGAUUUCACAUGCAAAUAUUACAACAUAUAUCAUAAGUAACAAUUUAUUUUUUA